AUGUCCACCCACCUCCACAGCGCCGCGAGGGAUGCAGUCAGCGCCAUGGGCACCCUCCCCGGUAACGGUAAUAUGCGCGUUCUGAUUGUCGGAAACCUUUCCACUUGUCACCAUCUGAACCGCCCGCCGCCUAACAAUGCGGACGUCGACUUCUUGGUUGACAUGGUCAACUUCGACGCCCAUGCCCGGGUUCUCUACCCCGGAGGGCCGGCCGAGUAUAUCCUCCAGAUGCUCGUGAUGCACAGCGCGCUGUUCGUGCUGAACCCGGUGGCUGGACCAACUUCGGUGACCCACGUCGCAACAGGGACGCUGGUCCAACUUCAUGCAGCCCAGGAGCUGCCCUAUCUACCGACCGCAGCCAGCCGUCCUUCUACGACCGGCGCCCGUAUCUACCCGUCCAUCGAAGAUUGCAUCCUCCUUCGCUUCCUGGCCGCGCCGAUUCGCGCGUCACCGCUGGGCAGUAGGCAGGACUAUUACGACGUGUGGGCCCUCACCAACAAAAGGCUACAGAAUCCGGCCGCGACGCCGCUAACACCCCGGCAGCAAGCGAUCGCGCGAGCGGCGCUCCCUCCAUUCAUGCGAUAUUCUUUCAAUAGCAGCGCAUAUUGGCGAACCCGCAUUGGAUUUUGA